GUUUCUAUCACAAUGUCCUCUCAUCUGUGUGCUCUAACCCUGUUUGUUCUGUGCGGUGAGAAACUCUUGAUACUUUUAAUCAUAAAUGUGGAGCAUAAACACAAGUGCAUUUCCACAAAAGAAACAAAAAUGCACAUUUUAACUUUUAAUGAUUAUGCUUGAGGAAAUUAGAUUAUAAGUCUCUGAUAAUAAUGUGUUUUAUUUCUUCUGCAGGAGUGUUUGGUGAUACAGAUGAAGUGAAGUCAGUGACUGAAGGAGAUUCUGUCUCUCUAAACACUGAUGUUACUGAAGUACAGAGAGAGGAUCAGAUUCUGUGGAUGUCUGGACCUAAAGAGACAAGAUUAGCUGAAAUAUAUAAGAACAGCAUUGAUAUGUUUAACAGUAAUGAGAUAUUCGGAGACAGAUUGCAGAUGGACAAUCAAACUGGAUCUCUGAUCAUCAGAAACACAAGAAGAACAGACUCUGGACUUUAUAAACUACAGAUCCGCAGCUACAGAGGGAACUCAGACAAGAGAUUCAGUGUUACUGUCUACGCUCGUCUACCUGUUCCCGUCAUCACCAGUAACUCUUCAAACUGUUCAUCAUCAUCAUCGGUGUCCAGAUGUUCACUUCUGUGUUCAGUUGUGAAUGUGAGUGCUGUGACUCUCUCCUGGUACAAAGGAAACAGUUUAUUGUCCAGCAUCAGUGUGUCUGAUCUCAGCAUCAGUCUCUCUCUACCUCUGGAGGUGGAAUAUCAGGAGAACAACAUCUACAGCUGUGUGAUCAACAAUCCCAUCACAAACCAGACCACACAUCUCAACAUCACUCAACUCUGUCAUAUGUGUCCAGACUCUGUUCUUUGUUGUGGUUUUACUGAAGCUGUGAUCCGAUUGGUCGUCUCUGCUCUGGUGGGCGUGGCUGCAGUUGCUGCUGUAGUUUAUGACUUCAGAUCUGGAAGAGCUCAGUAAAACAGAACAGAAAAAGACAACAGGGAGCGAUGUUUUCAGAUCUAACA